CCUCUCACUUCCCAUAAACCACUCAUGUCAUCUACAAUGUAUUCCUGUACGUUUUCUCCUCCAAACCCGCCAUUAUUAUCCCACAAAAAUUACUACAGUGAUAUAAAUAAUUACGAAAAUUCUCCAACAAAUCAAAUUCACUUUACUACUCUUUUCAACUCAUCAGCUCUAGUAAUUUCCAAGAAAAAUAAGAAUUUCGGUUCUUGCACAAGAAAUAGAUUCGGGGCAGUAUGUUCUUUAAACGAAGAAAAGGAGGAAAAGACUUCUCAGGAUGAAAAUGGAGCACAAUUUGCUUCCAGGAAAAUUGACGCUGGUCUUGGCAAUGGCGGCAGCAAUUCAUCUACCAGUUUCUUGACUUUUCUAUGCCCUUUGCUAAAACUCUUUUCUGCUGGAGAUCCCUCUCAGGAACGGAACUACCUGCUGGAGGAAACAACAUCGUCGUUAUCUAGUUUGGCAAGGCUUCUGUGGGGAUCAAGAUCGCAGUUUGAUAGUUUAAGCAGCCAACAGAAAGUAGAUCCUCCACUGCAUUUGCAACUUUUUGAAUUUGAGGCAUGCCCGUUUUGCAGGAGGGUUCGAGAAGCCAUAACCGAGCUUGAUCUUUCUGUACAGAUCUAUCCAUGCCCAAAGGGUUCGGUGAGACACAGGGAAAUGGUCAGAAGACUAGGUGGCAGAGAACAGUUUCCUUUCCUUGUUGACCCCAAUACUGGAAUUUCUAUAUAUGAAAGCAGUGACAUUGUAAAAUACUUAUUUCAACAAUAUGGUGAAGAAAGGAGUCCGUCAUUUUGCCUGUUGGAGAGCACCUUGGUCACAGGAUGGGUGCCAACUCUACUUCGAGCAGGAAGAGGAAUGACAUUUUGGGAAAAUUCCACUAAAGAACCACCUCCAAGAAAAUUGGAACUUUUCUCAUUCGAAAACAAUCCUCAUGCACGAAUAGUGCGUGAAGCACUUUGUGAGUUGGAGCUUCCAUACAUACUUCAAAGUGUAGGUGAAGGGUCGGUACGCACAAAGCUACUUCUUGAUAUGUGUGGAUCGAAACAGGUUCCUUACCUUGUUGAUCCCAACAAUGGUACACAAAUUGGAGAUUACAAGAAGAUUAUAUCGUAUUUGUUUCAGACAUAUUCUUUUGCCACCACAUAACUGAUUAAAAGCUCCAGCAGUGCAGCCACUGGUGAUGUAGAAAAUGAUGAAUGGAGUUGUAUAAAAUGAGAAAAAGGCUUUUCUGGGCUGUUGCAUCCAUUAAUUCCUUUAUUUCAUAAUUUUGUAUUUCAAUUCUAUGGAUGGAUCAUCUGGUUUAAAUCUUGAAGUGUUAAGUUGGAGGAAAUUUAUUUGGUUAUUAAUGUUUGGCCUGUGCACCGAAAAGACCUUGAAUUCCGAUUGUAUUCUAUUACGAUUUCUUUUAUUGGGUGAAAGGUAGAUUUCUGUUUUUA